UGAUAGGAAUGAGGGAAUAGAGAGCACAGAGAAAGGAGGGCAGGACUGAGAGGCAGGAGGGAAGGACUGGGCGCUAAUAAUAGGAGAACAUUCAUACAGGAGAGAGCCCAGCGGAGAGAGCAGCACCUGAGCAUGUGGGGAAGCAAGAGUUAACUGGAAGCCAGAAGACAAAAUGAGAGGCUGCUGGAGUACAAGACCAUCGUCGGCCUUCUAGCCAUGGAUGCAGCCUGAAUGCCAGACGCAACUAAUUGCCCCACCCUCUUUGGAGGGAAUCACACAGAACUAUGGGACCCCUGCCAUCUCCCAGAAUCCUCUUCUUUCUGCUCCUGCAGAGAAGCGUUGGGGUGGAGACGAGCACUGCCCAGCACUCGAUAAAGAUAGAUGGAGACGUUACGUUGGGGGGGCUCUUCCCUGUACAUGCCAAGGGCCCAGCAGGAGCCCCUUGCGGGGAGGUGAAGAAGGAAGCUGGAGUGCACCGCCUGGAGGCCAUGUUAUACGCCUUAGAUCAAAUCAAUGGGGACCCUGAGCUGCUCCCUAAUCUGACCCUGGGGGCUCGCAUUCUGGACACGUGCUCAAGAGACACUUAUGCACUGGAGCAGUCGCUCACCUUUGUGCAAGCUCUGAUUCAAAAAGAUACGUCUGAUAUUCGCUGUUCCAACGGAGAGCCCCCCAUCCUCAGUCGACCAGAGAGGGUAGUAGGGGUCAUUGGAGCUUCGGCGAGCUCUGUGUCCAUCAUGGUGGCUAACGUGCUGCGCCUCUUUUCUAUUCCACAGAUAAGUUAUGCCUCUACAGCCCCUGAGCUCAGUGACAAUAACCGCUAUGACUUCUUCUCCCGCGUGGUCCCCCCAGACUCUUACCAGGCACAGGCUAUGGUGGAUAUUGUCAAAGCCCUCGGCUGGAAUUAUGUCUCCACGCUGGCGUCUGAAGGAAACUACGGAGAAAGCGGGGUGGAGGCCUUUGUGCAGAUUUCACGUGAGGCAGGGGGCGUGUGUAUCGCUCAGUCCAUUAAGAUCCCGCGGGAGCCACGUCCUGGAGAGUUUGAUAAAGUGAUUCGAAGGCUCCUGGAGACGCCCAAUGCCCGAGGCAUCAUUAUCUUUGCCAACGAGGAUGAUAUCAAGCGUGUGCUUGAGGCCACCCAAAGAGCCAAUCAGACAGGACAUUUCUUGUGGGUGGGAUCAGACAGUUGGGGUUCCAAGACUUCCCCAAUACUGAGUCUGGAGGAAGUUGCAGAGGGUGCUGUGACCAUCCUACCCAAGAGGGCCUCUAUUGAUGGCUUUGAUCAGUAUUUCACCAGUAGGACAUUAGAGAACAACAGGCGCAACAUCUGGUUUGCAGAAUUCUGGGAGGAUGACUUCAAGUGUAGAUUAACCCGAUCAGUAGCCCGGCCAGAGGACACCAGGCGCAAGUGUACAGGGGGAGAAAGAAUCGCCAAGGACUCGGUGUAUGAGCAGGAGGGGAAGGUGCAGUUUGUCAUUGAUGCCGUCUAUGCCAUGGCCCAUGCCCUGCACAACAUGCACAUGGAUAUGUGCCCUGGGCACAUUGGUGUCUGUGAUAAGAUGGACCCUAUCGAAGGCCGGCUACUCCUGAAGUAUAUACACAAGGUCAACUUCAAUGGGAGCGCUGGGACCCCAGUGAUGUUUAAUGAGAAUGGAGAUGCUCCGGGUCGCUACGAUAUCUUCCAGUACCAGAUGGCUAAUGACACUGCCCCUUCCUAUCGGAUCAUUGGACAGUGGACAGAGUAUCUGCGGCUCAGUAUUGAGGAGAUGCAGUGGUCGGGUGGGCAGUCAGAUAUCCCCUCCUCCGUGUGCAGCCUCCCCUGCCUGCCUGGAGAGCGGAAGAAGAUGGUCAAAGGAGUGACCUGCUGUUGGCACUGUGAGUUAUGUGAUGGUUACCAGUUCCAGCUGGAUGACUUUACCUGCCAGCUUUGCCCAUUUGACAUGAGACCCAAUCUGAACCGCACCGCCUGCAGGCCGACACCAAUUGUCAAGCUGGAGUGGACUUCUGCCUGGGCAAUUCUGCCCCUCUUCCUGGCCAUUGUGGGCAUCCUCAGUACCCUGUCUGUGGUGGGCACUCUGAUGCGAUUUAAUGACACACCAAUUGUGCGGGCCUCAGGGCGGGAACUGAGCUAUGUGCUGCUGACGGGCAUCUUUCUGAUGUAUGCUAUAACCUUCCUGAUGAUGGCAGAGCCAGGGGUGGCUGUGUGUGCCCUCCGCAGAUUGUUCCUGGGACUGGGAAUGUGCAUAUCUUAUGCUGCUCUCCUCACUAAGACCAACCGCAUCUACCGCAUUUUUGAGCAAGGAAAGCGCUCAGUGACUCCUCCGCGUUUCAUUAGUCCUGCCUCCCAGUUGGUCAUCACAUUCAGCCUUAUUGGGGUCCAGUUGGUGGGGACCUCCGUGUGGCUGGCAGUGCUCCCCCCUCACAGCUUCAUUGACUUCGAGGAGCAGCGCACGCAAAACCCUGAGAACGCCAGAGGGGUUCUGAAGUGCGACAUGUCCGACCUGUCCCUGGUCAGCUGCUUAAUGUACUCCAUCCUUCUCAUGGUCACGUGCACGGUAUAUGCAGUCAAGGCCCGCGGGGUCCCGGAAAACUUCAACGAGGCUAAGCCGAUCGGCUUCACCAUGUACACGACAUGCAUUGUAUGGCUGGCAUUUGUGCCCAUCUUCUUUGGCACUGCACAGUCUGCAGAGAAGAUCUAUAUCCAGACCACCACCUUGACGGUGUCCAUGAGCCUGAGUGCGUCGGUCUCGCUGGGGAUGCUUUACGUGCCCAAGGUCUACGUCAUCAUCUUCCACCCUGAGCAGAACGUGCAGAAACGCAAGCGCAGCUUCAAGGCUGUGGCCACGGCAGCCACCAUGUCUACUCGUCUGUCCCAAAAGAACAACGAGCAACAGAACGGGGAGAGCAAACCCACGGGGAAGAGCCUGCCUGAAAGCAAGUGACCCAAAUGAAGGUCUUUGGGCAGUGCCACCCUCCCAUGGCAAGGGCAUUAAAGGGAUAAACUACCACAGGAACCCAGAAAGUGACUCCAUCUGGGAUUCAGCUGGGCCAAUGGAACAAGCACACAGAUACCCUCAUCUCCUGCUACCACUGCUACAGCUCACCCUCCAGAACCUCUUAUCCUUUACCCUCAUUAUGGCAACUUUGGAGCAAACUUGGUCCCCUAAAGCAAAAGUCUUUGCUAAUGUCUUUGGGAGGGGGGCACAGUGGCACCUUGUGUUCUUUACUCCAUCUGUGUCCUGUCUGGCACUUUUCUAUGAUCCGUGGACCGAGAUUCUGAGGCCAGCCUUUCUGGCCAUCAGUUUCUGGACUCUUCAGACUGCAGGGGGAGGGGGAGGGUUUCUUAUGUUCUGCAAUAAACCAGUCCAGCUCCA